GUGUGUGUAAGUGUACCGCGCGCGAUACUUGCGCACGCAAGACGCCCACGGGCCGACAACACCGAAAGGGGGGUUUGGCCGCCAGUUCCGCCCCGGCGCCAGUGCGAAGUGCGUGCGAGUGCGUGCGGCAUGUCGCUGCUGUUUCCUUAGCCUCGAAGAGGUAGUAACAACAUCAACAUACACGAGAGAUCUGCAGGUCGUCCGUGUCGUUAACCAGAAAGACAGACAGACAGAGAGAGAGACGUAGGUUCGGAACAGAAGUAAGGAAAUAUAGACAUGGAGAUCGUCGGCAGCAACGCAACCGUGUCCGCGAACGGAGGAGGAGGAGGAGGUCGUGUUGUAGAAGAUGGAAUCCUGUCCAUCAAUUGCAGCAAUGGUCUGAUGCUUCCAUGCUGGACACCGCUCGUGGAUGUGUCCGUGUUCGAGAAGAUCUGUCGAGGAUCGGUUUAUUUCUUCGCGCUGGUCUACCUCUUCAUCGGCGUCUCCAUCAUAUCGGACCGCUUCAUGGCGGCUAUAGAAGUGAUCACAUCCCAGGAGAAGGAGGUGGCGGUGCGAAAGAGCAACGGCGACCGGCAAAUCGUCGUCGUGCGCGUGUGGAACGAGACGGUGGCAAAUCUUACGCUGAUGGCUUUGGGGUCGAGCGCUCCCGAAAUCCUCCUCUCCGUCAUCGAGAUCUGGGCAAAGGACUUUGAGGCAGGCGACCUGGGACCUGGCACCAUCGUCGGCUCCGCAGCCUACAAUCUGUUCGUGAUCAUUGCGCUCUGCGUCUCGGUCAUACCCAAUGGUGAGGUACGAAAGAUCAAGCAUCUUCGAGUGUUCUUCGUGACGGCUACGUGGUCAGUAUUCGCGUACGUGUGGCUCUACCUUAUAUUGGCCGUCAUCUCGCCGAACGUCGUCGAGAUCUGGGAGAGCGUACUGACCUUCCUCUUCUUUCCGGCGACGGUGUUGACGGCGUACGCAGCUGAUCGCCGGAUGUACAAGUACGUGCGGAAGGACUACAGGAUGAACGCACGCGGUGUCAUCGUGCAGGCGGAGGCCCUCGAGAUGGGCAACACCGAUCACCUGAUGGGUUACGACGACGUGCACGAGGAGAUCAAGCAAGAGUACAUCGUGACGCUGAAGCAAUUGCGAGGCCAACAUCCGUCCUGCGAUCUGGAGUCGCUCGAGAGGAUGGCGCACGAGCUGCUGCUGAACAGGGGACCGAAAUCGCGCGCCUUCUAUCGGAUCCAGGCGACCAGGAAGCUGAUGGGCAGCGGUGAUCUGCUGAAAAGGAUAUCGGAGAGGGCGCAGAGCGAUCUGAGCGAGGUCAAGGCAGAGCUGAGACGCGAGUCCGGUGUCGCCGAGUUCGUGCCGUCCGGCUGUCGAGUAUACUUCGAGCCGGCCACCUACACCGUGCUCGAGAGUUGCGGCCGCUUCGACGUGCGUGUCGCUCGGUCCGGUGAUCUGGACGCACCGCUCGCCGUCGAGUACUGCACGGAGGAUGGAACAGCGACGGCGGGCAGCGAUUACGUCGCCGCCAAAGGGACGCUGCACUUCGGACCUGGCGACAAGGAGAAACGGCUCACGCUCGAGGUCAUCGACGACGACGUCUUCGAGGCGGACGAGCACUUUUACGUGCGGUUGAAGGGAUCGCAGCCGGCCAAUUCGCUCGGUUCGCCGACCCUCGCGACCGUCGUCAUCCUUGACGACGAUCACGGCGGUGUCUUCAAAUUCGCUCAGCGCGAUUACGAGCUCGUCGAGAGUGUCGGCACGUACGAGUUGGCCGUGCAGCGGUGCUCCGGUGCCCGAGGUCGUGUCAUCAUACCCUACUGGACGCAAGACGGCACCGCCAAGAACGGCAAAGAGUACGAGCAGACCGAAGGUCAUCUCAUCUUCGAGAACAAUGAAUCAGAAAAAAGCAUUUUCAUUACGAUCAUCAAAGAGGAUAGUUACGAGAAGGACGUGCUGUUCUACGUGGAGCUGGGCGAGCCGCAGAUGUCUGGUGAUGCAAUAGCCAGUUUAGCGGCGGCUGCCGAACGGAAGAAGCCGGAGGACCGCACAGAAGCGGAGAGGAUCGCCAUUCUGGGUAAACCCAGGUUGGGCGACAUCACCAAAGCGCAGCUGCGCGUACGCGAGAGCAGAGAGUUCAAGAAUACCGUUGAUAAGCUGGUACAGAGGGCAAACGCUUCGCUACUGAUCGGCACGAAUUCGUGGAAGGAGCAGUUCGUGGAGGCGUUGACGGUUAGUGCGAGCGAUGACUCCGAGGAGAAGGCGCCCAACUGCUUCGAUUAUUUCCUGCACGUCGUCACGCUCUUCUGGAAGCUGGUGUUCGCCUGCGUUCCGCCAACCGGUAUGUUCAAGGGAUACCUGUGCUUCGUCGUGUCCAUCCUUUGCAUCGGUGUCGUCACGGCAAUCAUCGGCGACGUUGCCUCUCAUUUCGGCGCGACCCUCGGCAUCAAGGACUCGGUGACGGCCAUCCUGUUCGUCGCCUUGGGAACCAGCAUACCAGAUACUUUUGCAUCAAAGGUGGCCGCCAUCCAGGAUAAAUACGCGGACGCCAGCGUCGGUAACGUGACCGGAAGCAACGCGGUGAACGUCUUCUUGGGUAUCGGAGUCGCCUGGUCCAUAGCAGCCUUCUAUCAUGCGGCGCACGGCAGACCGUUCAAGGUCGAUCCCGGAAAUUUGGCGUUCUCGGUAACGAUCUUCUGCACGAUGGCGGUGAUCACCAUCUGCGUGCUGUUCAUAAGGCGAGCGAGGGUGGUGGGCGGUGAGCUCGGUGGCCCCACCUGUCUGAAGUACCUGACAUCUGCCUUCCUCUUCUCCCUCUGGGUCAUCUAUCUGCUGCUUUCCACUCUGGAGGUGUACAAAGUCAUCAAGGGCUUCUAAGACUCGUCGACACGACCUCCACCCACACGAAAGAUGAAGAAGAAGAAGAAGAAGAGCUGAAGCAGAAGCAAGUUAAGGAAACGCUGAAGGAAAAAAAAGAAUCCCUAGGGGGAAACAAAAACAUACACACACACACUCACUCAUACAAAUCAUUCAGUUACUACUACUACUACUACUGCUGCUACUUGACUUGCAAAGUACUUAAUCUCUUUCCGUGGUGGACGGUGCAACUUUUCGUUCGUUCUUUAUGAACAAACAAAAUUAUACAACAAAAACACACAUUCACAGCACCUCCUCUUUCCUUUUCUCUCUUUUCGUUUUAAUAUACAAACAUACACCACAUACAUUUAUUUAU